GUCUGAGCUGUGAUGAUUGAUGCAAACUCCCCCUGGAAACAAAGACAGAAGUCUUUGAUCCGAACAGGAAGUGAAAAACAAACUAAAAAAGGGCUUAAGGUGGCGAUCAGGAGCUGCUCCGCGGUCCUGAUGGAUCGAUUCAGUCGGUCGAUCUUGUGAAUAGAGACGCGUCGGCGCUGGCGGCCAUGGAGCAGAGGCCGUGCAUCGAGUACCACGACCUCGAGGCCGCCGAGGCGCUGGUCAGCAUGAGCUUCUGGUGUCAGAGGCCUCCUAAGCCCCGCCCGCUGACGCCCACCUCAGACUCCUGCGACUCCAUCCAGCUCCACCCGGAGGGAGGGGACCCUCCCAAAGAUCUGAUCGCUCUGUCGUCCCUGUGCAUGACUCCGCCUCACAGUCCGAGCUUCGCCGAAGCGUCCACCACGACUGUCCUCAGCACCACCUCUGCACUUAGCCCCGCCUCCAGACAGCUCUUACCUCGCCCUGCCUGCCCCCCACAGCCCUGCUCCUCCCCCAUCUCCCCAGAGAUCUCCACCCUUCCACCUCAUGUGGAGUUGGCUCCGCCCAGCAAGGCGAUGGCCACCAGCGUCAUUCGCCACACAGCCGACAGUCUCGGCGUUCCCGCGCCGCCGCCCGCCUCCCUCGAGACAGAAACCUCCACGCCAGCUCAACCGGAAACCCCAGAGUUGCCUCCCGCGGAGAAGAGCGGACCUCCUUGGUCGUCUCCGGUGCAUUCCGCUCCGCUGUCUUCCUCCGCCAUUCCAUCUUCUCCGGUUCUUUGUCAGGUGUUCCCGGUCAGCAGCCAGACGGGAAUGAUUUCCGCCUUCGUCCAGGCUCCGGUUCAGGUGCAGACUCAGUGCGGACCCAAGCCCAUCCUCCCCCAGUCUCCUCCGCCUACUUUCACCCAACCACUGCUGGUGGGCUCCACCGUCCCGCAGGGGGCCGUCAUGUUUGUGGUCCCCCAGGGACACAUGUCCCAGACGACGCAGGGUCCUCAGACUGUAAUGACCCUUGGCAACACCAAGCUCCUCCCCCUGGCGCCCGCCCCCGUUUAUAUGCCGUCGGGAACGACCAAUGGCGCAUCGCAGGCAGACUUCUCCCGCCGGCGGAACUACGUGUGCACCUUCCCGGGCUGCAAGAAAACGUACUUUAAGAGUUCACACUUGAAGGCUCACCUGCGUACCCACACAGGGGAGAAGCCAUUCAGCUGUCACUGGGAGGGCUGCGACAAGAGGUUCGCCCGCUCCGAUGAGCUGUCCCGCCACCGCCGGACGCACACGGGGGAGAAGAAGUUCGUCUGCACCGUUUGCGAGCGGCGCUUCAUGCGCAGCGACCACUUGACCAAACACGCCCGGCGGCACAUGUCGACCAAAAGGGCGUCGGCGUGGCCCGCCGAAACAAGAGACCUCAUCAAAGGAGCCGCGCCCAAGAGCCAAAACAAAGCCCCCGCACUUCCUGUUGGCGUGCUAGUCCCGGCCGCCAACUGAAAAGACUAGCGGAGACCAUAGGGCCAACUCAGGACUCCCGAAGGGUUAGGAUCAGCUCCACCAGGAUCGUCCUAAGGCCCCCGGCUACGUUUACAGACAUCAGAACAAGGUCCGAAAAACUGCGUCGAACCGAGAUCAAGAACUUCCUGUAAAGACGUCCGUCCCCCGUCAUGGAGGAAGCGCUACAACCUCUUAGUCAGACCGAAGUAGCGCUUCACCUACGCACCACAGUCACUCCAGACAUUUUCAAACAUCUGUAUAAGAUCCGAGCGCUGCCAUAACCCGGACACACAGCUUUUCCGCUCUACUCAGGACAUUCUGCUCCCACAACCACGAAACUCGCUGCAAACGGAAGGAGGAGGACAUGAAGGCUGCUACUCAUCCACACACAGAAACCCACAAAAACCUGACUUUGCACUGGAUUUUUAAAGCUAAAAAUCUUACCUUUUUAUACUCUCUCCAUGUAUGAUGUUUACUUCAUGUGUAUAUGUCACAUUUAGCAAAACGUAUGCACACGAUUUAUUGUUUGCCAAAGCUUCUGUAUCGUGCUUCUGUUACUAGCCGACUUCUGUUUGUUUUUUGUACAUAAUGUAAAUAUACUGAUAUCUAUAUGAAUGUUACAUGUAUUCCAGUCUCCAUUUAUUGAUAUUUCUUUUUUUAAUGUCUGUGGACAGUAUUCAUCACUGUGAUACUACCUAUAUUUGUUCUAUUCAUUAUUAUUAUUAUUAUUAUGAUUAUUUAACAUUCUUUGUUGAGAUAAAAAGUCUGUUAUUUUUAUUUUUUAUUUUCUUGAUUUGGCCCAUAGUGUAGCCAGUAAGAAUACCUAAUGUUAUUGAAUGUUAUUCUUAACAAUAACGGUUUAUAUCAGAGUAAUCCCAUUUCCAUACAUUUGUUUGUUGAUAACAGUGAACAAUAUAGCUUUUAUAAUAAAACUUUACAGAGAA